CACUCAACAACCCUACCCUAACGUGACUGCUAUCCACGACGAAGUGACAGGUUGGGUCUUCCGACGGAACCAACUCACCCAGUGCACACCACUCGUAUACAGCAAAACUUAAGAAAAAAGUCCGUCAUGGCUACUAACGUUGGACCUCAAAUUCGCGCCGGCGAGCUUGUCUUUGGCGUUGCUCACAUCUUCGCCUCCUUCAACGAUACCUUUGUUCACGUUACCGAUCUGUCCGGUAAGGAAACCAUUGUUCGUGUCACUGGUGGUAUGAAGGUCAAGACGGACCGUGACGAGUCCUCUCCUUACGCCGCCAUGUUGGCUGCUCAAGACGUUGCUGCCAAGUGCAAGGAGGUUGGUAUCACCGCUCUUCACAUCAAGAUCCGUGCCACCGGUGGUACUGGCACCAAGACCCCCGGUCCCGGUGCUCAAGCUGCCCUUCGUGCCUUGGCUCGUGCCGGUAUGCGUAUUGGUCGCAUUGAGGAUGUUACUCCCAUCCCUACCGACUCCACCCGCAGAAAGGGUGGUCGUCGUGGUCGCAGAUUGUGAGCACCUUUCAAUUUUUGCUGUCUGCUGUUCAGCAUAUUUGUUCCAAGGUCCUCGACAUCUUUUACAGGCUUUUUAAGUAG